GAUAAGACCCUUGUGGCUGUGCGCCGAUAAGCCUAACAUGCGCCAAGGCUCGGCUAGCUUUUUAGACUUGCUUUCACUCGCCUAGCCUACCUAGCAAGGGCGGAAAAAAGCGGCCGUUUUUGUAGGCGAAAACCACCCAAAAAUUCGGCCACUCUUUUCCGCCCCUGAGAGCCUAGCCUCCAGAAUGCCUCAUGGAACAUCCAGCACCACCUAGGACUACGAAUUGAUCAAAUCUAUCUGAUAGCCAUGUCAUCCAACGACGCUUCUUCCGAAGCUGACCCCUGGGACGCUAAGACAAGUCAAACAUUUGAAAGUAAACGAGCUGGGGAGUACUUUGAUCCCUGUCAGGAAGCUGCAUCAAGAAGCCUGAAAUGUCUCCAUCGCAACGGUGGUGACCGGGAAAUGUGUACGGAUUAUUUUCAGGCAUAUAGGGAUUGCAAACAGCAAUGGAUUACCGCAAGAAAGGAGGCAAAACGGAAGGAAAGAAAGGGCUGGUUCUCAUGAAAAUGUGUGUUAUCGAUUGAGGACUUGCUCGCUGUACAAUAUGUAAUAUUCACUUUGUACUAAAGCUCAAUUCUGGGCUAUCUUAUGAUGACAAUGGCGAUUUUCAAAACAGAGACGAAAGUGAGAGAGCUUUGAUGAGGAUUGAAGUGGUACAUUCCUGUAGACAUCAUAGCAGAAGCCUUCUUUUUCUGUUUGCGACCUAGCAUAUUACCACCAAAGAAAAGAUUCGGGAGAGACCUCUGGAGUAUCAGAAUUCAAACAUUCCCUUGAG